AUGAAGUUCGUUGCAAUUGCGUCGUUGGCGACGAUACCCCUCGCAGUAGCAACGGCGCUUGAACCCCGGCACGAAGGUCACGAUGAGGACGGCAUGGAUAUGGCGGUAGCACCCUCGGGGACUCAAUCCCCCGCCACCGCCACCGACGACCACGCCAUGAACAUGAACAUGACCCAGCCCACCCCUCAUUUGAUGCAUCACGCCCACGGCGUCCCCAUUCUCGAUACCAAGUUGGACCCGUUGGAGCGCCAGUGGUGGGAAAACUACGACACCGAGACUUAUUUCAACGCCCCGCUGAACCAUCGGGCGGCGCUCUGGGUCCACGUCAUCGUGGGACUUCUCUCGUUCAUCUUCAUCUACCCCAUCGCUCUUGUGCUUAAAAACGUCGGCCUGUCAUGGUACAUGCCGGUGUUGACCGUCCACACUGCCGCCGUGCUUUUGCUGUUGUUCAACUACCUGAUUUUCAUCAACCUGGUCCCCGACUUGUACCCCGGCAACAAGUACGGCACGAUGUUGUGGGUGCUUUUCUUUACCACCGUGGCGCAAUACGUCGCGGCCACCGUGUACUACGGCACCCAAUAUUUGACCGGCGCCAACUCUGACUAUGCUCGUGUCGACCAGUACUUCGACAUUGAAGAAGGCGAACCCCUUCGUGACUUGAGCGACCGCGAGCUGACGCUGCUGCGUCCCGAUGAGCUGAGCAGUCUGCUGCUGUUUGAAUUGACCGAACAGCAAAUGAAGGUGUUCAACGGGCCCAGCCGCAACCCCUUCGCCAAGGUGUACAAGCUCCCCAUGUUCCAACGGGUGCUGAACUCGUUGUACAUUGUGUCGCUGAUUGUGUUCAACAUCCUCAACUGGGGUAACUUUGCCUUUUUCCUCGCGCUCGUGCCCACCGCCAUUGCGGUGUUGGGCGAGUUUGGCAAGGGUAAGGCUGUGUUCAACAUGUUGGCUCACUUCAUCAAGGGGGGUAUUUUUUUCACCUAUGGUCUCGUGACGUUGGCCCGGUACAUGGGUGCGUUCUCCAACAAGGGCUGGGCGUGGAACCACAAGUUCAUCCGGCGCGUGGGGCUGAAGGCCGACGAACGCCAACCCACCGGCACCUUCUCCAUGGAGUUUGUUGAGCUGCUUUUAAUUUCCAUCUACGGCUGCUCCAACAUCUUCUUGGAACACUUGGCUGGUGCUGGCGGUGCCUGGACGUCUAAGGACUUGCAGCACGCUCUGAUUGCCUUCAUUUACAUUGGUUGCGGUUUCGGUGGUCUCAUCUGUGAGGCUAAGCUCUCCAAGUGGCGUCGUGAACGCGCAACCACCGAUGCGCGGGCUUAUGCCAUCGCCAACCCCGAUGUCGCCGAUGUGGCGGAGUUGGACGCGCAUGCGGUAAAGGCGCUGCCAGGGUAUUCUCCUAACCCGUUCCCCGUACUCACUAUUUUCUGGACUGGGGUACUCAUGCUGAAGCACGCCCAGGCGCUGUCUUUGUCUACGGAGAUCCACACUUUGUGGGGUAACUUAUUCCUCUACGGGUGCUUCUUCCGCGGGGCGCUGUACUUAUUAAUGAUGCUCAUGCCCAAGAACACGUCGUUGACCAACCCGACCAGACCGUUCACGGAGGUGAUCCUGUCAUUCUGCCUCUUAUUGGGAGGUGCGAUCUUCAUGGAACUGACAGAUCCCAUCAUUUACGCUUUCGAAUGGCACGGGUGGACGACAAUGUUCAUCUUGAACGUGUCGUUGGGAUUGGUGACCUUGUUGAUGGCAUGGGAGAUGGCGGUAUUUGCCUUCAAGGAUUGGAUGAUUAAGCGUAUGGCGAAGCGCUAA